AUACUCAAAAGCUAAUUACAAACUCAAGACAAACUACUCUUUAUACUCCUCCGUCUCUCUUCCCCUCUAACGGCCGUAACUGACUCGUAACAAACUCCUCAGCUCGAGUUCUCACUCUCCACGUCAGCAUCCAAGAUUCUAUCUUCUCCUCCUCUCUUCUUACGGUAAUAAAUCCUCCAGGGCUUAUCACACACACCCCAGUGAUAAUAUUAUUCAUCUUGAUCAAAUCAAAUCAGCUCUCGCUAAUGAGGGACAUCGCGGUGAAGUAUCAAUCAAGGCUUAUUGGGAAGGGAAAAAUCGUGUACGCCCCUGUUUUGAGCAUGGAUCCAUCUCUUUACAAAAAAGAGGGGAUCCCAUUCUUUUAGUGUCAAGCGAUGACGCUACAUAUCUGGAGCUUGAUACAUUGCUUGCGGACAUCCUUGUAUGGGCAGUGCACAAUCCUGCACCAUCGAACUUGAUGGUAAUCUCCAAAAUCAUCUCACACGAAACGGAGCUUUUGCAUCUUCUUCAUGAUUCGGAAUCAAAAGGCUACAGUAUUUUCAUUGCCCAUGCUGACGAAGCAACACCACCAAGGCUCCCUCCUGGAAGCUUGGAAUGGCAUUUGGAUGAACUACUUGCUGGGAGCAAACCUAUCAGCCUAGCCGUAAACUACUCACGAGACAAAAUCAAUAUGAUUCAGAAUGAUAUCUCUGGAUAUCAUCAUACAGGAAUCUUCUGGAACAUGGACGACUGCCCAGUACCUGGUGGUCUACUGGAUUAUUGUUUCAUGAAGACUCUUUCCACUGGAUUCAAGUCAGUCAUGGUUUAUGGCAAGAGGAGGAACUCCGUCUUGUAUGCUGACUUGUUACGUAAUACUUCCUUUCCCGUCACCUUGGUAGAGAGAGGUGAUAAAGAUGCGAGGAUUAAGAAAAUGUUUAAGGACAUUUUUUUAUGGGCACUGGACAGACCCCAAACAUCAAGAUCAACCGUAGUGGUGAUCACAGAAAGCUUCCCAGACAACAUGUAUGAUGCUCUUUCUGCUUUGAGUUCAAGAAAUUGCAAGCUAGUCUUAGUAGAUCCUCAUGCAGUUAGCUAUGUGAAUUCUGUGUGGCUUUUGCCAAGUUUAUUUGGUGGAGACAAUCCUAUAGACCUAAGGGGAAGAAAGAAAGCUUCCAAGUAGUGUGUAACUAAGUGGAAGAUUACAAGCUGAUUGAAGGGGUUUGUUGUUUUAUGUUGUCGUCUAUCUCUCUUCUUUUAAACUCUUUCUGGAUCCAAACGAUUUGCUGUUUCUAUCUAUGUUUACUUUUAUCACUCUUUUGCUUGCUAUGGUCGAUGACAAUUUGUUUUGAGAGUACC